AUGCCUCCGAAAUCUAAACCUAAAACAAAAACAACAUCUAGAGAUGAGACAAAUGAACAAGAUGACUAUAUAUCCUUGUCAAUCGUCAAGCAAUUAAUGGCACAACAAGAAAGCGCUUUCAAAUUGAUGGUCGAGUCCCUGAUGAAAGCGACGACUUCAAGAGUAGACAACUUGGUGAAAGAAGUAGCUGAGUUGAAGUAUAGUCUUGGAGUAUUCACAGAAAGAUAUUGUUUCUCAACAGACAGUACUGGACAAGAAUAUAGUUGAGAUUCAGUCAAUCACCGGUGAAUUAUCAAAUGUUAAAAUGUCCCUCUACGCCUAUUGCAAUAAGACUACUGAUUUGGAAAAUCGAAGUAGGCGGAACAACAUUCGUAUAAUAGGGAUUCCUGAGAAACGUAAUGAAACCUGGGAGGAAUCCAAAGUUAUGGUCAAAGCUGCUCUGACAGAGAAGCUUGGACUGGCGCAAGAACCUCGCAUCGAACGAGCACACCGUGUCGGCAAACCCACACAAACAAAUGGAUCAGCUAGGGAGACUCCAAGGCAUAUUGUAUGCAGAUUGUACGACUGGAAGGAAAAGCAAAACAUUCUUAAACAGGCUAGAAUAAUCAAACCAUCUGGCCUAUACGUGCACGAAGAUGUCGCCGAAGCUACAAUGGCAAAGCGAAGGGAACAGAUGCCUAGACUGAGGCAAGCUAAGCAGGAGGGUAAGAUCGCAUACUUCGUCCUGGAUAAACUUGUCAUAAAAGACAAACAACCUGGAAGUAUUAAUGACUCUAGUAAUUAG